GGAAUUUCUCCUUCCCGUGCUUGAUGAGGAUGAUGAUGGUGGCCAACAGUAACGAGGAUUAUCGAGAUAACGAAGCCCGGGAUGAAGAUGAAGCUCAGGAUGAAGGUGAGGAUGAUGAAGACGAAGGUGAGGAUGAUGAAGAUGAAGGUCUCAGCCGAUGGUGAGGCCGAAGCCGCAGUGGAAUUUCUCCUUCCCGUGGCUGAUGAGGAUGAUGAUGGUCGGGGUAACGACGGCCAUAAUGAAGAUAACGAAGGCCAGGAUGAAGAUGAAGCUCAGGACAAUGAUGAGGAUGAUGAAGAUGAAGAUGAGGAUGAGGAAGAUGAAGCUCUCAGCCGAUGGUGAGGCCGAAGCCGCAGUGGAAUUUCUCCUUGCGGUGGUUGAUGAGGAUGAUGAUGGUCAGGAUAUCCAUGACAAUAACGAAGCCCAGGAUGAAGAUGAAGCUCAGUACGAUGAUGAGGAUGAUGAAGAUGAAGAUGAGGAUGAUGAAGAUGAGGCUCAGCCGAUGGUGAGGCCGAAGGCGCAGUGGAAUUUCUCCUUCCUGUGCCUGAUGAGGAUGAUGAUGGUGGCCAACAAUAACGAGGAUUAUCGAGAUAACGAAGCCCAGGAUGAAGACGAAGCUCAGUACAAUGAUGAGGAUGGUCAGGAUGAUGAAGCUGAAGAUGAGGAUGAGGAUGAUGAAGGUCUCAGCCGAUGGUGAGGCCGAAGCCGCAGUGGAAUUUCUCCUUGCGGUGGUUGAUGAAGGCUCCCAGCGCC